AUGUCUUCCAGUACUCUUUCUGCAAAGAAGAAAUCUUAUUCUUCUGUGAAAAAGAAUAACCUCCGUCGUCGGAUUGAAGAGGAAGGUUUCAUUAUGACUUUUCCCUGUACUCGUUGCGCCCGACUGGGAAAAUCUUGUGUCAAGUCGGAAGGCUCAAAUCGUUGUAGCGAGUGUGUGAAGGCGUCAAAUUGUCGUUGUGAGGAAUCUGAAGCCUCUUUUUCUGAUGCCGAAUGGCGUCGCUUGGUUCGGGCUCAACAGAAAUUGGAAGAUGAGGAAGAGCGUGCAAAUGAGGAAAUGGCUACAAUAUUAGCCCGGUUGAAUCGGUACAAGAAGCAAAAGAAGCUUCUUCAUAGGCGUGCUGGAGAUUUUAUUGCUCGAGAUAUCAAAGAAAUUGAAGAGUUGGAGAAAUUGGAAGAGCAAGAACGAAAAGAGCGUGAAGAGCAAGAAAAGUUCCAAGAACAAGGAAAGGAUGCUGAGGUUGAAGCUCAGCUCGCUGCAAUGCCAAACAAUCCUAGUUUGACUCAGAUGAUGGAUUCUCCUUCCUUCUGGGAGAAUUUCGAUUCGAUCGUCGCUGGUGGUAUUCCUUCACCAACUGGUGGCAACCAGUCAAGUUCGCAAUAG